AUGGCUGCUUCUUUGCUUAACGUUGUGCUGGGUGCCACACUGUUGGCAACAGCCGUCAAGGCCGAUGAUGUCGAUUGGCGUCGCCUUGAUGCUGGUCGAAUCAUGUACUCAGAGAUCGCGACAAAUGGCUACAUGGAUCAACCGAGGUGUGUCAUUCAGAUGAGAAGGAGCCAUCUCACCUGUGCUCGCGGACAUGGCUUGCUCGCUGCCCCCAAGUAUUGCAGCGUGCUCACGCCAGAGCAAGUGGGCCGAAGCAGCAACGGGUCAAGUCGCUGGCUCUGCUCUGUCACUCUCAAUGAUCGACCUGAGGGAAGCGCCGGGGAACAUGUGGCCACGUUGUACACGGAUAACCAAGGCCUCAACUGGACCGAACCACACGUUUUGUAUCCAGAGCUGCUGGCUCAAAACAUUGACACUGCCUACAGUGCCAAUAUUCUCAGCCAUGCAGGCCGUGUGUACGUGCUCAACAACGCCAAUCUUGAUAAUGUCACGACUCUUCCAGAUGGCAGCCCGCUCGGCCGCACCGACGAGCUGGGCUACUUUGUCUUUCGCUAUACGGAUGAUGGGGGCGCAUCUUGGAGCCCAAACUUUUACAACAUUUCCAACCGCCAGACAGCCAUUGACCGAAACAACUCCUUUGCUGGCCGGACCAACAUCUUUUGGAACGUAGACCAGUUCAAGUCCCGAGGGAACGACACCUACGCCAUGUUCACCAAGAUCAAGUCGUAUCCACAAAACCCACCGGAACAAGGCUUUGUGCUGCAUUCACCCAAUGCUCUCACAGAGCUCAAUGCCUCGGCCGUGCUCUGGAAUUUGCUGCCAGAUGCUGAUGACGGGCCAACGGCCCCAACCCCCUUUGACUCGGCGAAGGUAGUGGCUGAAGAAUGGCACGUCGUUCCGUUGGCCCAAUCCCCGGGCUUUUUUGCCGUCUUCCGCACCUCUACAGGCUACUUGGGUGCAACCAAAACGGCCGAUCCCACGGGCCGCGCCGGCUGGGAGCCCUCGUCGUUGGCCACCUACGAUGCCCAACCCUUGCCUGGUUACCGGGCGAAUGCCACCACCAGCCUCAAGAACCCACGCGGGCCCAUUACCCUCAAGCGUUUCCAAAACGGCCGCUACCUGCUUCUGUGGUAUUUCAACAGUGCGAGUGGAUAUACAGCCGGUGCACGCAGCAGUCGUAACCCUUACUGGCUCUCGUCGGGACGCGAAGUGGAUGGGGCCGUGCUUUUUUCGCAGCCUGAAAUCGUUCUCUAUGAUACAGCCUCCACCAACGCUCGCAUCGGCUAUCCGGAUUUCAUCGAGGACGUGGAUGGUUCUAUUUGGAUCACGGAGACGGACAAAGUCACCGCUCGCGUCCACUCCUUGCCCGCGGGCUUUGUGAACGCGCUUUUCGGUCAAUUCGAGGCCAAUCGCCUCAUUACGAACGGGCUCGUUCUCAACGUCACCCAGAAUGCCACCGCCCGGACUCACUUCGCCGUUCCUCUUUCCUCCCACACCGAAACCUCUUUUGCGGCGGGUGGCAUUGGUCAAAGCGCCGGAUCCGGCACCACCGUGGUGUUCUGGCUACCGACCAAAGCCCCGCCCGGUGAGCUGUUUCACGCAAGCAACGGUUCGGCCACACUCCAUGUGCAACUUCUGCCCAACUGCACCGCCGUAUGGCAGGCUGAGCAGGAGAACACCACGUCCACUCUGGCCACAGACCCCGCUUGCUCGGCAACGCUUGGCACAAGUGGACCUCACUUCUUGGCGUUUGUCUGCGACACGGCUGCCGGUCUCGUCUACGUGAUGGUGGAUGGCCACGUUUGUGAUGGUGCACACGUGGAGGAGUGGGGCUGGAACUGGCUCGCCUCUGAUCAGGUGAUUGUGGGCCGCGGCACUAGCGCCUCGGUGUCUGACGCCGUGCAUCAAGGCCUGGUCUAUGACCGAGCCCUCCUCACAACCGAACUUGUCUCUCUCUGGCGAGCCUCGGCCCCCUACCAAAUCUGA